AUGCCGCGUAUUCCCAAAUUCAAAUUGCUCUUUUUUGGGAAUAAUCAUAUCUACGAUCAUUGGUGCAACAAUUUGACGACAUCAAUCCUUCUGGCGUUCGCUUUGAUCCUUUUCAUCAAAAACCACAAUGGCACACCAAUUAAAUGCGUUUCGCGAAUUCCUUAUUCGGCGCAAUUUGCGACUACCUACAAUCGUUCGGCAAUCGAAAUUUUAAAGUCGAAAUGUUGGAAAAUGUUCGAAAAUAAUCUUUAUCUGAUUGACAACAAGGAACUGAAAAUCUCCGAAUACGGCAAAUUUGGCGAUUUCUUGAUGCUCAUCUCUGCAAUGCAAUUCGUCAUUGUCAGAUAUAUGUUUAAGAAUUUCGAAGCAAAAAUUGGAUCUUCGCUAAGCUAUUACUGGAAGACAACCAAGAAGAUCAAAAAUGUGGCAAUGGAGAAAAGAGCCGAGAAAGUGAAGCGAAUGUCAAGAAAAAUAAUCAAAUAUAACACAAUCAAAGGUCCCAAUGAGCUCUUUUAUUCAUUCAUCACUGUCAAGUUCCUAUAUUUGGCGUUGCUGACAUGGCAAUCUUUUGCCUUUAAUUUUUUAUUCAUUAGCGAAGGCUUCCACGGCAUUUGGGGAUUCAAGGCGUUGUACCAACUUUGUUCGUUGCCUUCAAAUGGAAGUGCGUCAUUGCUGCCCCAUCAAGCGAUUUGCCGAUUUGAUGGCCAUCCUCAUCUAUAUUUCAGCUGCUUCCUCGAAUUCAACGCAUUGAGCGAGAUUCUGUAUGCAUUGCUCUCAAUCUGGAUGACGUUUAUGAUCGUGAUGAUCAUUUUGGACAUUGUAAAAUUCGUUUGGAAUAAUGGCCAAGACUUGUACGUCAAAAAGUUUCUCAAUGAGACGUACAAUUUCGGCAUUUCGGAUUCUCGAAUCGAACGAAUGAAAAACUACCUUGGUUUUAAUGGUUUUGUCAUUAUUAAAAUCGUUUUCGACGUCUCCGAGUCGGUCAGCCACGAAUUGAUUCAAAUGAUGGCGUUGAACGAGAUUGCUAUUCGCUAUCAGGAGGAAGAUGAUGAUAUCAUGUUGUUGGACAGAAAUAGUUUCAGAUAUCGAUUGCAAAAUUAG